UAGGCCUGUGACUGUAUGACGUCACGGGAUGCAGCUUGAGUGUGAGGCGAGCUACCUCGGCCUCAGUCGGCGCAUAGACAUCCAGCUAGGCAGUGACAAGGCAGAGGCUGGGCUCCAUCUCCCAUUACCAGAGUCUGACAAUAUAUCGUUACCAUCCAACAAGGUGGUGCUGAUCAGCGGGUUGUCCACAAUCAAGGAGGUUUACACACACAAGGCGUCUGCUGACAAGCCACCUAUGGUCCUCAAUGCCACGAGGAACUACCUGCUGAGCGACGGACAGGCAAUCAAUUUAGGUCUUCUCGGUGGGAACGGUCAGACGUGGCAAGAACUGCGGAGGUUCGUACUGCGCCACCUGCGGGACUUCGGGUUCGGGAAGACCAGCUGUGAACCCUUGAUCGUAAAGGAGGUGACUGAACUGAUGGAUCACAUCCAGCAGCAAGAGGGUCAGCCCAUCGUCAUGAAGCGUCUGUUCAAUCGGUCUGUGGUAAAUGUCGUGUGGAGGAUUGUGAUGGGAAAAAGGUUUCCUCACGAUGACGCCAAGGUUGCCAAGGUCAUUGAAACCUUCUUGCAGCCGGCUGAUACGAAUUUGAUUCAUCCUCUGUUCUUCAUCCCCGGGAUGGCGAAGACGAUCGUUUACCUACCCAUUUGGAGAAAUAUAACGAAGUCCCUCAGAGACCUCGCUACUUUCAUAAAGGUAAAAUAUCUUGGAGGUACAAUUCAUGAAUCUUCUAAACAUUUUUAAGAUGAGAGCCAAAUAGCGCACAAUAAUAAACAAAAGACACA